UCGUCAAUUACCAAUUUCUUCCUCUUUCUUUGAUUUUGUAGUUAGACAAACUCUCCCCUUUGCGUUUAGAUGGCUCGUACAAAGCAAACGGCUAGGAAAUCUACUGGAGGUAAGGCUCCGAGGAAGCAGCUGGCCACCAAGGCAGCGAGAAAAUCUGCUCCGGCAACCGGUGGAGUAAAGAAACCCCACAGGUUCAGACCUGGUACUGUGGCUCUAAGAGAAAUCAGGAAGUAUCAAAAGAGCACGGAGCUUUUGAUCAGGAAACUUCCAUUCCAGAGAUUGGUGAGAGAAAUCGCUCAAGAUUUCAAGACUGACCUGAGAUUCCAAAGCAGUGCUGUUGCAGCCUUGCAGGAGGCUGCUGAGGCCUACUUGGUUGGGUUGUUUGAGGAUACAAACCUCUGUGCUAUUCACGCAAAAAGAGUUACCAUCAUGCCUAAGGAUAUUCAGCUGGCACGAAGGAUUAGGGGCGAGAGGGCUUAGAUCGGUUUAAUCUUGUGUUACCUUAUGUCUUCGUUUUUGGUUUUUAUUAUAGAUCUAGAUUUUUAUGUGAUUAGGGUUUGACUUAGAAGUAGUUGAGGUGAAAAUUCUGUGGAAAACCUUAUCCUUUUCUGUUGAUUUAAAUAUUGCAGACUACUUGUUUGUGAAAAGCUUCAUUUGGGUUUGAUUCUUACUAAAAUGUCUCAUUUCUUCUGCUAA